ACUUAAAAGCUGCAUUGAUGAAACUGCUGCUAUGUGACUGUCAACUGUGUGGUGGUAGCAACUAAUAACAACUGAAUGAUGUGUGGUGCAAAUGGAAAACAGUUAAGCCUGGCUGUGCUUUUUGUAGCCAUUGUCUCCUAUGACUUUAGGCUUGCGAAUGGUGGCAUUGACUUCAAACCAUCCACAAAUGUAAACAACAGCGUUGAUGCGGCAUCCACGAGUGACAUUGAUUUCAAUCCGUCCACAAGUGUCAGCAACAGUAUUAAUUACAAGCCAUCCAGCAGCAGUGACCCUGACAUCAAGGGGCUUAUCCCUCAACAGCUUCAAACACACAUUACCCUUGUUGAUGAUGAACAGCAGGCUAUCAAAGAUGAACAGCAGGUUCUCAAAGGUGAACAGCAGGUUCUCAAAGGUGAACAGCAGGUUCUCAAAGAUGAACUGCAGAUUCUCAAAGAUGAACUGCAACUAGUCAAAGAUGAACUGCAGCUAGUCAAAGACAAAUCCAAACGACCUGUGAUCCAGAUCUACAAUGAUGACCAGAACCCUCACGUUACUUCCAAACAUGUGCAACAGCCAAAGCCAUCCUUGACAACACAGGCUACAGCCCCACCAAAGCAGCAGACCAAGCAACAAGAUGGGGGUAGUAUUCCUCAACAUGGCAAAUCCAAAACCCCUGUGGCACAAAUCUAUGAUGACCAGAAGCCCCAUAUGUCCAAACAUGUGCAACAGACACAGCCAUCCUUGACAAGACAGUCUACACCAGAGCAGCAGACAGAGCAACAGCCCCUUACAGCAGGGCAUAAGUCUAAACACCAGCAGAAGCGGCAGCUCUACUCUCUCAGCUGAAUCUGCCAUCCAGAGCUGGACUCGAUGGAGGUGUUAAAAUGGGUAUGUUGAAACACAAUUUUACAACACAACACAAUUUUACAUUGCCUACUAGAAGAUGGCUUCAGGCAGUUCAGCACAGACUGGGUCAAGGCCUACACUUGUUUCCAUGUUUUAGAGUGAGACGUCUGCACACUUAAAUUACUUUUUUUUUUUUUAGAAGUUUUAAGAAGUUUUGAUCAUUUAGGUCUUCCUC